CACCAGAUCUGCUCAGUGCAAAAAUUUCAUGUUCAACUCGAUUAGAUUUUGCAAUGGACAAGGACUCUGAUAGCACUGUCACAUCUUUGGACGAGAACACAGAAAACUUCUGCACCAAUCCCACACGCGACGUCUUGGCGGAGGGCAUCACCAACCUCUUUAAGCCCACCAUCGAGAAGUUGGACGAACGCGUUGCGUCCACCAUUCAGCUGCAGACAGAGCUCCGUGGCCAGCUGGACGCCCUCGCCGCUCAACUGCGUGACAUCGAGAAGGCCCAGCAUCAGAUACCCGAGUUUGCAGACAAGGUAAAGGAAUUGCUUAACGUCAAGCACAAGGUGACAAUCAUCAGCAACGUGUUGUGCACGAGCCAAGAGCGACUGACGGGGCUGCACAAGCUCAUAGAGAAGGAGCAGCGGAGGCGCCAGGCCCUACUAGACUCAGCACUGAGUACCAACAUAUCGUAGGCAUGGAGACGCCACACUUCGAC